AUGUAUAUUCCUCAAAAACGUGCGAAUGAUUCGCACAAGAACAAGAUCUUCAUUAUUUGUGCAUCCUCCAUUCUCUUUACGAUUGCCUUAUGCGUGGCUGUCUUCUUCCUCUCCCGAUAUCUUCGCCAGCGUCAUGCCGAACCCAGAUAUAUCCCCGGGAAUUACCUCAAACAGAAAUGGAAGCAGUGGCGUCCAGGGACUGCCUCGUACGGGCAAGUUCCAAAUCAAACGAAUGCAAAUACCUCAGACACCUCAUAUCGCGGCGCCGGAUCAGCACCAGAGAUGCAAACCGCUGAUGGCGUCCGCCGGGAAACAUCCAUUCGAUCAAUCAUGACACUACCGCCCUACUCACCCAAUCCAAAGCCGACCGAGCAAAUCAUCGCACGGGAAGGCGAGCGCGAAGGAAUGGACAUGGUCGUGGAAUACCCGGAAACGGCCGAAGAACAAGAAACUCGACGUGAAGAACAAAUGGACUCGCUCUACCAGCUUCGCCUGCAGCGUCGCCAGGAACUCACCGAUCGCGAGGCCCGGCGCCGGGAACGACGGGAAGCCCGGUCGCGCGGCGACUCCACUCGUCUCGAACAACUUGCCGCCGAAUCCCGCGCCAGAUCCCAGGCUCACCGUCCAGGAAGCAAUGCCAGCAGCGGUGUUAAUAUAGCCGCAGCACUGGCUGAGCAUCAAUCGCGAGAACGGGACCGUCGCAUUUCAAGUGUCAGCUAUGCCAAUGUUGGACAUGUUCGCCAUGACGGCUCGAGGCUGCGAGCAGACUCGCAUGAUUCAGAUCGUCACCCGCUGCUACAACAGGAUUCUGCCUCGACGGAGGAUCCCUCCAGUCGGGACUCCCGGGUUCAAUCAUUCGCCUCAUCAAUUCACAGCGAGUCGACUGGUGGUACUGAGCUGGAGCCUCUCACUCUAGCGCAGACCACAACGCAUGGCUCGAGUCGACCGCAAUCACAAGCUGAUGAGGGAGAUCUGGGCACUUUAAAUAUUCCUCCGCCUCCAGAAUAUGAUCACCUGGACUGGGGUGAAGCCCCUGCAUACCAGAGCCCUAUCGUCGACCGACAUGAGCAACCCCAGCGUCUACCUAGUAUCUCGCGCCUGCCUUCCAUCCAUGUGAACCUGCCGAGUCCUAUGGCUGUCUCGCCGGUUACGCCGACGCAGACUACGUUCCAAACUAUCAGCGAAGCUUCUUCUACGCCGACCAUCAGACAGGUAUCGGCUGGGUCGAGGACAUCCGACUCCGAUCAGGCUUCCUGA